AUGGGGGGCCCCCUGCUGCCUUCGCUGCAGGUGAAGCAGCAGUUCAUGGCCUCGCAGCAGCAGCAGCAGCAGCAGCAGCAGCAGCAGCAGCGGGGGGCCGCGGAGGGUCCCCCCAGCGGCCAAGGCGCCGCUGGGGGGGCCCCCGGGGGGCCCCCGGGGGCCCCCCAAGCGCGCAGCGAGCCGGGGGGCCCCCCGGGGGGCCCCCGAGGGCCCCGGGGGGGCCCCCCGGGGGCCCCCAACUGGGUCUUGCGCAUGCAAACUGCUGCUGCUUGCUCUGCUGCUGCCACUGGAGACGCCAAUUCUAAAGAAGGCAAAGGGGCCUCGGGAGCCAACUGCAACGCAGCAGCAGCAGCAGCAGCAGCAGCAGCAGCAGCAACAGCAGCAGCAGCAGCAGCAGCAAGCUCCGUCUCGCCAUGCACGGGGAGACUUGCCAUUUGCUGCAGCAGCAGGCUCAGAGGUCCCGUGUCCUCAGCAGCAGCAGCAGCACGUGCGCAUGCUUCCAGACCAUCCGAGGCAGGAGAAGCGCCUUCCUCUGAAGCAGCAGCAGCAGCAGCAGCAGCAGCAGCAGCAGCAAGCUUGUAG